UGGAAGGGAGACAUUGCUGACCACGCCAACAGCCCCCAAGUCUCGGCACGAGUCAAUUUCUAAGGAUUUUAUCCACCUGGAUGUUUGGGACAAGAGGUUGAGUCAUCGCGCUGGCAUUUCGGUGGCCUAUUUCUGCUCAAAGCCAUGCACCGUUACGUUAGAAGCCGUAGCUUCCUUGGACUUCAGGAAGACCAUCUCGGUGUACAAGAAACGAUGGGACGGGGGUCCGGUUUGGAAGAACCGAACGGUCAGCUUGAGGUUCCCCAAUAGUAUGGUCUUCAGAGACGAUUAUCUGAUCCAACAGUCGGUAAAUGUGCACUGGGUCAUCCUGUAUGCCUGGAUUACUCCGAAGGAGCCCACGGUCCACCAUGCUCCAGAAGCAGGCAGCUACUGGCGUGCAAUUGCCCGGGAUUACCGCUUUUUGGACCCGGUUCCACCUUUCGAACGUCCGUACAAGGAGCAUAAAGUAUGCUUGACCUGGAGCGUGGAACAGACGUGGAAACUCCGAGCGAGCAGGAUACCCCAAUGUCCUCGCGAGAACGACGUGGUGGAGAUCCUCACCUUUCCGUAUGCAUCCAGUGGAGAGGCGACAGGAAUCGUAAAGAAAUUCCAGAAAUUUCAAAACAGCGAACUUGAAGCCAUCCGGAAGCAUCAUAUGAGUUACCCAACCUUUACUUUCUCGGUCUGGCUUUAUUUACUGCGCCAUUGCGAGAGCCCACUGUGUGGCAUCCUGUAUUUCAUCGAUUCGGAAGAAAUGUACGGCACCCCUGCUGUAUUUCUCACCAAUAAAGGUGAUCUUCACAUCCAAAUGCACCUGGUCAAAGGAGGGGAUCUAGCAGGGAAGAGCACGUUCUGCCUUCCUCUGAAGCAGUGGUUGCGACUGGAUCUCUCUGUUAAUGGACCAGAGAUCGACAUCACCGUUGUUGGGAAGAAUAGCCCUCUUGACAACUAUUAUCUGGAACUGAGCCACAAAUACAGGAGCCCUCGGAAGUGUGUUGCUUUGGGCUGGGAAAAAGGAUGGAGAGGAGAUCACAGCAUGCUUGAAGACGCGAAGGACACAACUCCACCUUUCCCAGAAGUAUCCAAACACAAGAAGGAGAUAGCCUUCAAAAUUGGACGCAGGUUAUUUGAGGCGGCUGUUCAAAACCUAUCACGAGCGGAUGGUCUGCUUUAUAUCAAUGCCUCCAUUUUGGCCCUGAGGGAUUCCAGCAGUUAUGGAUAUUCCAGAGCUUCUUACGUUCUUGGUGUCAUCUUCGAAGUUGGGCUAGGUGUAUCUCCAGACCCAGUUCAGGGAUUGCUGUACAACUUGGUUGCAGCUCAAGAAGCGGAUCGUCUUGCUCUGCUGAGCCUGGGCUACAAGCACUAUCAAGGGAUGAGUAAUUACCCCCAGGAUCUUGAGGUCUCCUACGCUUACUAUAGCGACGUGGCUCUAAAGACGCCCCGGGAUCAACAGAACGCAGCAGGAGAUCAGGGUCAAGGGGUGAAAAGAAACAAACGCCUUGCUUUGCGUCUGAUGAAAAAAGCCGCUUCAAAGGUAGAAUCUAAUUACCGUAAGGAGCUGGCCUUCAAAACAACUAAUCUUGAUUCUCAGUUUCCAAAGAUCUUUAGUCAAGAUUUUAAGCAGCAUUUAACAACAAGGAUAGUCUUCCAGGGGGGGAGAGAAUUAUCACACUCAGUAGCCCUACUUAGUAAGACUACGGCUGCUGGCUAUUUCUACAAAGCAGCAGAAAAGGGUCACCUGGACGGGACUUUGCGCUGCUCCCAGUUUUACAUUGCAGGAAACCUACCCGGCUUUCCCAGGGAUCCCGAAAAAGCCGUCCUAUGGGCAAAAUACGUGGCGGAGAAGAACGGCUAUUUAGGCCACGUCAUCCAAAAAGCACUCAAAGCAUACCUGCAAUUGUCCUGGAAUGAAGCUUUACUGUAUUACAUCCUUUCUGCGGAGACAGGAAUAGAGGUAUCGCAAACAAAUUUAGCACAUCUCUGUGAAGAGAAACCAGACCUGUCAAGAAGAUACUUCGCCACUGACUGUGUUUGGAAGUACUACAAUUUCUCCAUUUCUCAAAGCAACGCUCCCUCGUUUGCUUACUUGAAAGUGGGAGAUUUUUACUAUUACGGUUAUCAGAACCAGACCAGAAAUUUGGACAUGUCAGCACAUAUGUAUGCACAAGCAGCGUUGAAGGAAGAUGCGCAGGGAUUCUUUAAUUUGGCUCUGCUUCUGGAAGAAGGUCAUUCUAUCCCAAGUUAUAUUUUAGAUCAUUUAAAGAUUGACAGCUCCGUCCACUCCAGAAAUAUGUCCCUCCGUGAAGAGCUUUAUGAAAGGUAG